AAGCCGGGUGACUGCAGCACAGUGGCGGUGCGGUGUCGCUUGAGAGUGGUUGCUCGUUGCUUCUGGCGCAGCAGUGUCGCAGCAGUGCCGCGCCGUGCUCCGCUCGUCCCCGCGCACCACACCACUCCGACAGCGCGCUGCAGCGCCACUGCGCUGCGAUGCAUGCCAUGCGCGUCGUCGCCCUCCUCGUGCUGCUCGCGGCCGCGGCGCCGCGGGGGAAGGCCCGCCCGGACCCUGACGCGCCGCCGUCCCUGUACAAGCAGUACCUGGAACUCGAGGACGACGCCGCCGACGAGGACCACAAGGAGAGCCACGGCGUGCGGCCCACCAGGAGCACCGAGGCUGACCAGCAGGAACAGACCUCCGCGCACUGGCGCCGCGCCGGCCUGGCCCGCCUCAGGCAGCAGAUCCAGCAGCAGCCCAUCCGGACGCGCGCCAAGAACGUCAUCCUGUUCCUGGGCGACGGCAUGUCCAUCCCCACGCUCACCGCCGCCAGGAUCCAGCUCGGCGGCGAGAGCUCCGCGCUGUCCUUCGAGCGCUUCCCCUACUCAGGGCUGUCCAAGACCUACUGCGUGGACAGCCAGGUGGCGGACUCGGCCUGCUCGUCCACGGCCUACCUGUCCGGCGUCAAGGCCAACCUGGGCACCAUCGGCGUGACGGCCGCGGUGCCGCGCUCGGACUGCAAGGCGUCGCUGAAGCCCGAGAACCAGGUCAACUCGAUCCUGCGCUGGGCGCAGGACGCUAGCAAGCGCACGGGCAUCGUGACCACGACCCGCGUGACGCACGCCUCGCCGUCGGGCACGUACGCGCACGCCGCCACCCGGGACUGGGAGAGCGACAAGGACGUGCGCAAGGACAACGUGGACCCGGACGAGUGCCCCGACAUCGCGCGCCAGCUCGUCACCGGCGACACCGGCCGCAACAUCAACGUCAUCCUGGGCGGCGGGCGGCGCGAGUUCCGGUCCAGCAAGGUGCGCGACGAGGAGGGCGAGAAGGGCCACCGCAAGGACGGCCGCGACCUCAUCGCCGAGUGGCGCCAGGACAAGCAGGGCCGCGCCAACGCCUCGUACGUCUGGGACCGCAAAGGGCUGCUGGGCGUGGACGCCAACAACACCGACUUCCUGCUGGGUCUGUUUGACGCCAGCCACAUGGAGUACCACAUGGUGGCCGACCCCGACACGGAGCCCACCCUGGCGGAGAUGGUGCGCUCCGCCGUCCGAGUGCUCAGCAAGGACGACAACGGCUUCUUCCUGUUCGUCGAGGGCGGCAAGAUCGACCUGGCGCACCACAAGACCCGCGCGCGCAGGGCCCUCGACGAGACCAUCGAGUUUUCCAAGGCGGUGAAGAUGGCGCAGGAACUCACGUCCGUGCAGGACACGCUGAUCGUGGUGACGGCCGACCACGCCCACACCAUGUCCAUCUCGGGCUACCCGACGCGCGGCAACGACAUCCUGGGCAUCGCGGGCAUGUCCAACGUGGACAAGAAGCCCUUCACCACCAUCAACUACGCCAACGGCCCCGGCUACAAGCGCCCCACCAAGUCCGGCGGCCGCUACGACCUCACCGACGACAACAUGGAGAGCGACAAGUACGCGUACCCGGCCGUGUUCCCUCGCGAGACGGAGACGCACGGCGGCGACGACGUGGCCAUCUUCAGCCUGGGGCCCUGGGCGCACCUGCUGACGGGCUCGCUGGAGCAGAACGUCAUCCCCUACGUGAUGGCGUACUCGGCGUGCAUCGGGCCGCAGGCGGCAGAGGGCUUCUGCCCGGACCCCGACGUGGCCCCCGCCCCCGCCCCCGCUCUGGCCCCCGCGCCCGCCCCCGCGCCGGCCUCUGCCUCCAAGAGGUUGCGUGGGACGCCCUCCGCCCCCGCGCCGCCGUCGACCGCCACGGACGCGACCGCCACGGGGUGGGCGUGGUCCGAUCAGGCCGGCCAGGACGAGAACCUGGAGUCCACCGUGGCCGACAAGGGCGUGUCCGAGCCCGGCGCAGACAGGCGGCCGGCGAACAAGGUCAGCAGCGUCGCCCCAGCGCCGGGCUCCACCGCGGAGGCCGACUCCGUCACCACGGAGGCGGGCGAGGCGGGCGAGGCGGGCGACAAGGGGCAGGACAAGGGCAGCAGGCGGCGGCUCCGCCCCAGGAGCAGGGGCAGCAGGGGCAACUAGGGACGGCCGAUGGCCCCGCCGUGGCCCCACAACCCCGCCGUGCGCGAGGAAGCGCCGUGUGUGCCUUCUCCCGGACCGAGGACACGUGCCAUACGAACGACGAACACAGCCCCUGGCCGACGACUCCCGCCGGCCACCCCGUCGUGUUCAGUGACAACGACAAGCAAGCCCAAAGAUGACGACGUCGAGGACGACCGAGUGACUAGCGUGUGUUUUAUUCACUACCUCAAAGUGUCAAGGAAGACUGCACCAGCCUUCUUCCGCAUCUCAAUAAUUGUGAUAUGGACGAACGACCACUGUACAUAGAGUGCCUAGAUAAGUGAUUUAGUACCCGAUAAAUACAUAUUUAUUACCACUC